AUGGAGAUAGUUGAAUCUGUUCUCAAUCUUCCGGUGCAAAAUCCUGUGGAGGAGGAUUUUUCGUCUGCAGAUUUGACUUGGACAAAGUUUGGUACGGAUGAGCAUCAUGAUAAUGUAGCGCUCAUUCCUUAUGAUCGAGUUGAUACCUUUAUAAUUGGGGAAUGCUCUAAUGCGGAGUGCCCGACGCGGUUCCAUAUCGAGAGGGGAAGGAAACGAUCGAGAGGCAGUUUGAAGGAGUACAAGAAUGAUGAAUAUUUGGAAUAUAAGUUGUAUUGGUGUUCAUUUGGUCCUGAAAAUUAUGGUGAAGGUGGAGGAGUAUUACCUAGUCGAAAAUAUCGUCUUAACACCCGAAAUCGUGCUGCAAGGCCUCAGUCUAUGCGUGGCUGUACAUGCCACUUUGUAGUAAAGCGCCUAUAUGCUCGUCCAUCACUGGCACUAAUUAUAUAUAACGAAAGGCGUCAUGUAAACAAAUCUGGUUUUGUUUGCCACGGACCACUUGACAGAGAUGCCAUUGGUCCUGGAGCCAAAAAAAUUCCGUACAUUUGUAAUGAAAUUCAGCAGCAAACAAUGUCUAUGAUUUAUCUUGGAAUACCUGAGGAGAACGUGUUGGAGAAACACAUUGAGGGGAUUCAACGAUACUGUGGCUCAAAUGCAAAAGUCGACAGCCUUGCUUCACAAUAUGUUCAGAAACUUGGGAUGAUCAUCAAACGAUCUACUCAUGAGUUGGAUCUAGAUGAUCAAGCUAGCAUCAGGAUGUGGGUUGAACGCAAUAAGAAAUCCAUAUUCUUUUAUCAAGAUUCUUCGGAAUCAGAUGCUUUCAUUCUAGGAAUUCAAACAGAAUGGCAAUUGCAGCAAAUGAUCCGUUUUGGACACCGCAGUCUCAUUGCAGCAGAUUCAACAUUUGGCAUUAAGAGACUCAAGUAUCCAUUGUGCACACUUCUUGUUUUUGAUUCGAGACAACAUGCACUUCCUGUUGCAUGGAUCAUCACACGUAGCUCUGCAAAGCCAGAUGUUGCUAAGUGGAUGAAGGCUCUACUUGGUCGAGCAUCAAGUGUGGAGCCUGGAUGGAAGAUCAAUGGAUUCUUGAUUGAUGAUGCUGCUGCUGAAAUUGAUCCCAUAAGGGAUAUAUUUGGCUGUCCUGUAUUAUUUUCCCUCUGGCGAGUUCGUAGAUCAUGGCUGAGAAAUAUUGUUAAAAAGUGUAAUAACAUUGAAGUUCAGCGUGAGAUUUUCAAGCGUCUGGGAGAAAUAGCUUACAGCAUUUGGCGUGGCGUUGAUACUUUGUCUGCCUUGGAAGAGUUCACUAAUGAUUUUGUUGAUCAGACUGCAUUCAUACAAUAUUUCAAAGCCUCUUGGGUACCUAAGAUUGAAAUGUGGCUAUCGAUUAUGAAAACUCUUCCCCUAGCAAGUCAAGAGGCAUCAGGUGCCAUAGAGGCUUAUCAUGUAAAGCUGAAAGCUAAAUUAUUUGAUGAUUCACAUCUUGGUGCACUCCAAAGAGUGGAUUGGUUAGUGCACAAGCUGACAACUGAGUUGCAUUCAAGUUACUGGCUGGAUAGGUACGCUGAUGAAAGUGGUUCUUUUCAAAAUGUCAAGGAGGAAUAUAUUGCAUCUACGUCAUGGCACAGGGCUUUGCAAAUUCCCGAUUCUUCUGUUACUGUAAGUGAUAAGGAUCACCUCUUUGCUAAGGUCUCAAGUCAAAAGGACAGCAGUCUAACACAUUUAGUGUGGAAUCCCGGAUCGGAAUUUGCUUUUUGUGAUUGUGCAUGGUCAUUGCAGGGAAACCUUUGCAAGCAUGUUAUCAAGGUCCAUAUGAUCUGUGAAAAUCGUGAUGGUUAUCAACCCUCAAUGUCUUUUAGGUCAUUCAAAGAGAUGUUGACAGGUCUGUGGGAAAAACCUAUGGAUGACUCGGUUGGUCUAGAUCUAUCUAUCGCCUGGGCACACCAGAUGCUGGAUCAAAUUACACAACUUGCCGAACUGAAUGGUUCAAAUAACGUUGGUGCUGUGGUAAAUAACAUGCCACUGAAAUGGGUUUCAAAGAAGGGCAGAACAUCUGUUGGCAUACCAUCAUCAAUUCAGGCUCUUCCAUCCAGUUCUAAGAAUGGGCCAAACCAUGCUGCUGCUCAUAAGAAAAAUCAAAAGCGUAAAAGAUUGUCAAGAUUGAGGUAG